AUGAACAUGCCACCCCCCACAACCAACCCAACCAGCAGCAAUUACGACAGCGGCAGCAACAGCAGCAUGCGGAUGGGCACGUCCACCAUGUCAAUGCCAAUGACCUUCUCCCACUCCCCCACAACGCCCCUCUUCUGGGACUGGUGGACACCGCACAGCGCAGCAGGCUACGCGGCGACAUCUAUAGGGGGGAGCCGAGAGAGGUGCCUGACUGACAGAGAGUAUAGGAUGAUCGCGGUCAUGACGAUGAACACGGGCUACUUCGUCUCGGUACUGAGCGGCGUCUUUCUUGGCAUGUUCCUGCUCGGGAGCCGGGCGGAUGGCGGUGCGGACACUCGGUGGCAUCAGUGCUGAGUGUCGUAUCAUCCGAGGUGUGUGUGUCAGUGGUCAUAUGGUAAUCUGUUCACAUAUUGCGCUAGAGGGUGGUGAAGGGCUG